AUGUCGAUACCCAUCUCUUCCCUGCUCACAAAUGGCACCCCCACGCCUCCACGCGAUCGAUGGACCUACCUUGACCGCAUCUUAUCAACCACGUCACCGUACGCAGGAGAGGAAUUCGUGCCUGGAGAAGAGACAAUCAACGCUCUUGAAUCGUCACGAGUCCUCGUCAUCGGCGCCGGCGGCCUAGGAUGCGAGAUUCUCAAGAAUCUGGCCUUGUCCGGCUUCAAGGACAUCCACGUCAUCGACAUGGACACCAUCGACGUCUCCAACCUGAACCGUCAAUUUCUCUUCCGCCACUCCGACGUGGGCAAAUCCAAAGCCGAAGUCGCCGCAAGGUUCGUGGAGAAACGUGUCCCGGGCGUCAAAAUCACCCCUUACAACGGUAAGAUUCAGGACAAGGACGAAGAAUACUACAUGCAGUUCAAGCUGGUCAUCUGUGGGCUUGACAGCAUUGAAGCCCGUCGCUGGAUCAACGCCACGCUCGUCGACAUGGUCGACAUGGAAAACCCGGAGUCCCUCAAGCCACUGAUCGACGGCGGCACCGAAGGCUUCAAGGGCCAAGCGCGAGUCAUCCUGCCCAGCCUCACUUCGUGCAUCGAGUGCCAACUAUCCAUGCAUGCACCCCGUGCCGCGGUGCCCCUGUGCACGCUGGCAACCAUCCCGCGCCAACCUCAACAUUGCAUAGAGUGGGCGCACAUCAUCGCGUGGGAAGAACAGCGCAAGGGCGAGACCCUCGACACGGACGACCCGGAACACAUCUCCUGGCUGUAUACGACCGCGCUGAAACGUGCCAACGAGUUCAAUAUCUCCGGUGUGACGUACUCGAUGACUCAGGGCGUGGUGAAAAACAUCAUCCCCGCAAUCGCGUCUACGAACGCCAUCAUCGCUGCGAGUUGUUGCAACGAAGCACUAAAGAUCGCGACGUCCUGUGCGCCCUUUCUGGAGAACUACAUGAUGUACACGGGCGACUCCAACGAAGGGGGCCUCUACACCUACACAUUCGCGGCAGAAAAGAAGGACGAUUGCCCCGUUUGCGGGAACCUGGCCCAGACGCUGACCAUUGAUCCCGAGUGGACGCUGGAAGACUUCCUCGCCAGUCUGGCCGAGAGGGCCGAAGCGCAGCUGAAGAAACCGAGCAUCCGGACCGAGGCCAAGACGCUGUACGUCCAGGCGCCCAAGAGCUUGGAGGAGCAGACGAGGCCCAAUCUCUCCAAGCGGAUGAGGGAGUUGGUGACUGACGGCGAGGAAGUCGGCGUCAGCGAUGCGGCGUUUAUGAUCAGUUUCAAGUUUCGGCUGGUGUUCAAGAAGUGA